AGCUGGGCUGCUGGGCUAGGAAGCUAGACCAGCUUCUUCAGACGCGCGCUCGCGGACCAAGCCGAGAGGGCCCGAGUGACGGCCCAGCGGGCAGCGUCCCCGAGGUCGUCGGCCGCGGCGAUGUCUGCCCGGUGCUGUGCUGGCCAGUUGGCCUGCUGUUGUGGAUCUGCUGGCUGUUCCCUCUGCUGUGGCUGCUGCCCUAAGUUCCGACAGUCUCGGACCACCCGCUUCAUGUAUUUAUUCUACUUCAUCCUGGUCAUCGUCCUCUGCUGUGUGAUGAUGUCACCCUCUGUGAUAAAGCAAGUGAAGGAGCACAUUCCCUUUUUUGAAGACUUCUGUAAAGGCAUUAAAGCCGGCGACACCUGUGAGAACCUGGUGGGGUAUUCUGCAGUGUACAGAGUCUGCUUUGGAAUGGCUUGUUUCUUUGCUGGGUUUUGCCUGCUGACCUUAAAAGUCAACAACAGCAAAAGUUGCCGAGCCUACAUUCACAACGGCUUUUGGUUCUUUAAAUUGCUGGUGUUAGGGGCCAUGUGCUCAGGAGCAUUCUUCAUUCCGGAUCAGAAGACCUUUCUGGAAGUCUGGCGCUAUGUGGGAGCUGUGGGGAGCUUCCUCUUCAUUUGUAUCCAGCUCCUCCUGAUUGUGGAGUUUGCACACAAAUGGAACAAGAACUGGACUGCAGGCACCGUCCGUAAUAAGCUGUGGUUUGCCUCCCUGUCCCUGGCGACGCUCAUCAUGUAUUCCGUUGCUGUUGGAGGCUUGGCUUUGAUGGCGGUGUUUUACACACAGUGGGAUGACUGCAUGGACAACAAGAUUCUCCUGGGAGUACAUGGCGGCCUAUGCGUGCUAAUCUCUCUGGCAGCCAUCUCGCCCUGUGUCCAGAAUCGACAGCCACACUCUGGGCUGCUGCAGUCAGGGCUCAUAAGCUGUUAUGUCACCUACCUCACCUUCUCAGCACUGACCAGCAAGCCUGGGAAAAAAGUCCUAGAUGAACACGGGAAGAAUGUUACCAUAUGUGUGCCUGACUUUGGUCAAGACCUGCAUAGAGAUGAAAACAUGGUGACCUGGCUGGGCACCCUUCUUUUAAUUGUGUGCAUCUCAUAUUCAUGUUUGACAUCGACAACAAGGUCCAGCUCGGAUGCUCUGCAGAGGCGAUACGGAGCUCCAGAGCUGGAAGUAAGUGCCUGUCCUUUCCUCCCUGGCUUCAGCUCAGGGCCCGGUUCUCAGGGGAGCCUUUUUUUCUCUUUUACUGAGAUUUCAGUAGUUAGCUUGCUGAUCGUGCUGAAAGACUCCACAAAUUCCACCAGACCAGAGCUGUCAGUAGGCCAGGUACCUGUAGAAUACAGCAUCCCCUGCUCCCAGGCCAAUGCCAAUCUGGCCUAUGAUGUGCCAGCUAGUUCUGGUCACCUCAGGGCCACUGGAGUGAUUUGUCAGUCUCUGAGCAGAUAA